GGCCCGCCCACCGCCCACUGCCCGGCCGGGACUCGCUCCAGUUCCGUGCCGAGUCGGAGGCCGGUGGCUGCGGCGUGAGCGGCUGUUGCAGCCGGUAGGUAGGUGGAGGCCGGCAGAUGGGGGGGCGCCGCCGGCUGUUUCGGGCUGCUCUGGAUCGGGCGCUCAGCCAGUUUCCGCGGAUGAUUAUAUUCUUGGAAAUGUUUCAUUUCCGAGACUCGGCGGCCGGAAACGGCUUUUCGCGUAGACCCAGUACUUCAGCUCGUGAACUCGCGUACGUCGUCAACAACCUGUGAUCUGUGAUGGACUUAGCACGAAUUUUAACUGGCGAUGUGGUUAUUAAAGACAUUUUUCAAUUUCUGUCGAAUCGUAGGAGACAAGUGGUGCUUGGUUCAUCAGUUUGGAGAGAGCUCCUUUGCCCUGUUCCAUUAGCCCUUCACUGCAGAUCUUGGCCCUUUGCAUUCACUUCGUCGUUGUAAUGUGGUAAUAGUUUCUGCCUUCAACCCUUCCUGGCAAUGAGUUUCAAACCUCAGCCACACUCCAGGGAGAGAAGACACUUCCUCAUUUGAAUAACUGAGGAAUGAAUUUGAACAGCCCACAGGAAAUAUCUUCUGUUCUUCUUUGCAAUAAUGCUGCAGUAUUUUGAAGUCAUCUGAGAGAGCAGAUAUUGUCUUUGUUAUAGUUUUGUCCAGAAGACAGCACCUCUGAUGUGCAGGUCUCCUCUGCUGGGCUGGAGAGGUGGACUGCAAUUUUCACACUGGCUGAGUGACUUUAAGCUGAGUGAGAAGGAUACUAGUUAAACUUAAUCAAAGCUGACAAUGUAAAGCUUUCCUGUAUUCCCAAUUUACUGUAUUCUCCUUCUGCCUUGGAAUCAAUUUUUGUCUGGUUAUAAUUCAACAAAUUUCUUUGUGUUUCCAUGUUUUAUGUGCUAAACCAAAUCAGGGCCUCUGGAAUUUGUUCCUUAUUCAUUUAUUAAAUGUAAACCUUGUAUGGCAUCUGUUGGUCUCGCGAGACCAUGGAUCUGUGCCUGGAAAGUCUCCAGGGUGCAGGACUGGGCAGGAUUGUACGGAAGACCGGCAGUUGCCCAAGCAGCAAGUCUCCAUCUCCACGACACCGAUGUUGUCUGAGGGAAGGGCAAGGGCCGAUACAGCUUGGCACCGGUAUUGUCACAGGAGUUGGCAGAAAAAGGUUGAAGACAAUGUCAGAACAAGGUUGAAGACAAUGUCAGACUGCCUUAGGGCCUCCAGCUCCGGAUUUGUCCUCGGGGUUUACUCCCAAAGCCUCUCCCAUGAAUGUUGAUGUUACCGGACUGCUCUGUCAGAAUAAGAUGAACACAGAGUGGAGGAUUUCCUUGUUUCUGUCUGCUGGCAGCUGGACAUCGACCAAGUGAAAUGCUAUAAAUUUAUGAAAAAAUGAGUGUGGGACGCAAACGAACAAAGCUGGUUGUGAUUAUGAUGAUAGUAAAUUUCUUCAUUUAUGUCAUGGUAGAAAUUUCAUGGAAUGAUCAUGAAGACAAAAACUCAACCAAAAAGAUGAUAAUUUCAGACAGUGUCUUUUGGAAGCCAGUGACGCAUAUUAAACCAUACUGGAAUCGAGAACAGCACAAGUUAGAUGAAUUGUACAACCCUGUCAUUGCUGCUCUACACAACAGAACUGUGAUGGGGAACAGAAACAUUACGAAUAUGUAUACUUGUGAACCUAAUACAAAUUUGAAGGAGGAGAUUAGUAACUUUGAUAGUUUGCCGGACCGUUUCAAAGAUUUUCUAACAUACUUGCGAUGUCGGAGCUAUCCCUUAGUAAUCGACCAACCGACGAAAUGCCAGAACAAGCCUGUGCUUCUAUUGGCUAUAAAAUCACUGGAAUCGCACUUUGACAGAAGGCAGGCCAUACGUCAGUCCUGGGGAAGUGAAGUUACAAUAAAAAAUAAGACCAUUGCACGAAUCUUUUUACUGGGCAGGUCUUCUGAAAUAGAUGACUUUCCCAACUUAUCGGAUAUGCUUCAGUAUGAGAGUAACCAACACAAAGAUAUUCUUCUGUGGGAUUACAGAGACACAUUCUUUAAUCUGACACUAAAAGAAGUAUUGUUUUUAGAAUGGAUAAGCAAAUCCUGCUCCAAUAUUCAGUACAUUUUUAAAGGAGAUGAUGAUGUCUUUGUAAACACAUUACAGAUUAUAGAAUAUAUAGAUGCAUUGGAUAAGGAUAAAGCAAAAGAUCUGUUUAUUGGUGAUGUUAUUACAAAUGCAGGACCUCAUCGAGAGAAGAAACUGAAGUACUAUGUUCCCGAAAGUGUAUUUGAAGGUGUGUAUCCUCCUUAUGCAGGUGGAGGUGGGUUUCUCUACUCUGGAUACUUGGCAAAGAGACUUCAUAAUAUUUCAUAUCAAGUAGCACUAUAUCCAAUUGAUGAUGUGUAUACUGGAAUGUGCCUUAGAAAACUUGGCCUUGCUCCAGAGAAACACAAGGGAUUCAGGACUUUUGAUAUUAUGCAAAAAGACAGACAAGUCACCUGUGCAUACAAAAAUUUAAUAUUAGUUCACAGCAGAAAUCCUCAAGAAAUGAUAAGAAUCUGGAGCAGGCUUCAGGAUCCGCAUUUGAAAUGUUAGUCUGAAAUACUAUAUGGAGGGGGGGGGGGGGAAUGGUUGAGGGCAUUGAUACCAGCUUCCAUUGGACACAGAGGGUCACCAGAUUUUGCAGAGUUAUAAUCACUUAAUGAUAUCAUGUUACAAUUGGGCUGUGCAAAAUCUGUGCAUGAAGGUUUUUCUCCAAGGAUACCAGUUGUGAACCUCAGAAGUAUUGUGGGUCCAAAGUCAUCUGUAUUGCUUAAUCAGGAUUUGAAUUGGUUGUGCUGAUCAACCUGAAUGCUACACUUCACUGAACGCACAGAAUGAUUUUAUGAAUUUCACAAUUUCCACCAUUUUGCUCUCUGAUCUCCUAUAGAGAAUUAUUCCUGUUCUCUGUCAAAAGGAAUCCCCAGGAGGUGAUUCUGGAGCCAAUCAAAAUAAAGUCUGGUGGGAAUUGGAGUAGUGUGCUUCACUGCAUACAUAGUAGCCAAAUAAAAGGUGGGGCACAAAACGAUGACAGAAUAUUAUCCUGGACAGUGUCAGCCAUGAGUGUAAUUAUGUCUCUUUCAAUCUUGUGCGAGCAGAUUAUUUUAGAGAUUCACUAUCAAUUGUGUGUGAUUAUCUGUGCUGUACAUCAUGAAAGGGGAUGUUUCAUGUCUUCAAAGAAGAAUGUAAAUGAAUUUUGUUUAAUAAAUCUAAUUUCUGAAUAGAAAGUCAAUGCUAUUUAAAUUUUAGUGUGAGUGGCAAAAAAUCCAGAAGUUUUGUAAUAAUUCUGGAUUUGUACCAGAUUAUUUCCAAUCUAUCAAAGGUUGCUGGACUUACUCCAUAAUAUGUAAGCAUGUGUGCUUCCUUGUGUUUUAUGUGGGAAAAGUGCCUGCCAUUUUAUUUAUUCAGAUCUAAGACCAAAUUGUUUUUAAAAUGGAACUAUAUACAAUGUAUUAUUUUGUCUGUAAAACCUGUUAAAUGUGACUUGUCUCUAAAUAAACAGUUAAUAUAAUCCUUGGCAUC